AUGUCGUCGUCUUCGGAGGAGAAGAAGAAUACUAUGAUAAAGCUAAGGAGCUCGGACGACCAAAUCUUCGAAGUCGCCGACGAGGUGGCGAAGAUGUCGCAGACGCUCAAGAACUUGGUGGACGACGGCUGCAGCAUCGACCUCCCCAUCCCGGUGACCAAUGUCUCUGGAAACAUCCUCUCCAAGGUCAUGGAAUACUGCCAGAAGCACGUCGAUUCCGCCGCCGCCUCCGCCGAUAGUACUGAAUGGCUCAAGUCUUGGGACGCCGAAUUCGUCAGUGUCGACCAGGCCACUCUCUUCGACCUCAUCUUGGCAGCGAACUAUCUGAACAUCCAAAGCCUACUGGAUCUGACUUGCCAGACUGUGGCAGACAUGAUAAAGGGGAAGACUCCUGAGGAGAUUCGCAAGACUUUCAACAUCAAGAAUGACUUCACCCGGGAGGAAGAAGAGGAGGUUCGUAAGGAGAAUCAAUGGGCCUUUGAGUAGCACCACACUACCAAAAACUCCCUUCACCAUGUUACUAAUA